GCCCUCCGAAAAAAUACCGUACCGUACGGAACGGAAAUUUAGCUGUUUAAGUAGGACCAAUAUUCGUACGUAUCCGACCCGCUCUCGCUCGUUUCACAAAAAAAGACUUUUAAUCUUUUCAUCUCCAGUAUCACCGCCGCCACCCAAAUCAUCAUGAAGCUAUCCUUUUCAUUGCUAUCCCUCGCACUCGUUGCACUCUCCGCCUCCUCCGUGUCUGCUGCCGGGCUCUCGACCCGAAAGCUGCAAGAACAGUUCGAGGGCACCGACAACAGCCAGUACAACGCGCCAGACGCUCCAUCUUACUGCAAGAAAGACCAGCAGCCAAACAGCGGCGACAAGUGCCCUUCCGUGGGCCUCCAGUGCGCGUUCGACAACAACAUUCAGUGCAUCUGCGGGGAAGGAGGAUGGUCCUGCGGUAACCCAAGCCCCACCCCCACCCUGCCCACGCCCAUGCCCACCCCGUCGCCCAUCUCCAAGCCGACCUGCAACGGGUCGGACCCCUGCGUGACCAUUCUCAAGGAAAACGAGGAGGUGGACACCGAAAACAUCGCCGUCACGGACGAAGAGAGCUCUGCCGCCGGCGCCGCGUCCGCCGCGGCGGUGAUGGUCGCCGCCGGGGCCGCCACCGCCCUCGUGCUCUAAACCCCGCGGCCUUCUGUUCGGGAUCCACGUGUCGUGCGCGUGGUUCCUUUGUUUGUUUAUGGAAUGGAUUUAUUCGUUCGUGCAUUUAUUCCUUCCACCAUGCCGCCGAGCAGCAAUCGAAUUUACGGAUUAGGGUUUCCAAUGGAUGCGUUGUUCGGCGAGAUAGCAUCGUUCAUGCUGCAACUUUUACAAGAAGACGGAUCAUUGGACACAAUCGACGGUUUCGAUGGAUUGUAUUUCUUCUCCGUUAUCGGUAUUCUAUUGUACGUACGAUGCCUGUUCACACCGUUUUUUGAAAACAAAAGUAGGAAAGUACAAUAAAUGAUUAACAAGUUG